AUGCAAGAUGUUGUCAUCUUCCGCCUCAAAUUCAAGACAAGAGGUGUAGGGAUGGCAACCAAGUGGUAUAUCAGAGUAGCCGAUGGUAAAGGUCUCAAAUCAGUCGGGUUCUCAAACUCCUCAAAGAGCAAGUCAUGGAGUACGGGAAUCGAUCUGAACAUUGAGAACAUGGUCACGGAUGGGAGGCCAUUCAUCAUCCACAUAAACCAACCGCAGAGCGAUCUGGACCAGUAUCAUGCCACCAUAGAUGGACUCGUUGUUGCAAGAGCUUCACGUUUCAAAGCCGAGCCCGAUUCCAAGUUCUCAAGCUGGCAGAUUGAGGUCGCCCAAGGAUUCGACCUGGCUUUGGGCGUCGUCAUAUGCAGGAUCCUGGCCUGGCACCCAUUGACCAGGGAUUGGGUCAAAGAAGAGAUCAGAGGAUCGUUUGAUUACCGCCAUGCACAGUCGCAGCAGGGUAACGCCGCGUCGAUGUCCCUUAUUGCAAGCAGCGCCAUGCUGACCCUUUAA